GCUCUUCUGUAAUCAGCUCAGACAGUGGAGCGAGUUGCAUUUCAUGUCGCAUUGGCAUCAAUCAGCAACCCAUUUCACGCAAAUGUGACAGACUUAGGUGCCGUUCCAUCGGUAAAUGUUCCUGCUUUCAAAUGUUUAAAGUGAGCCACCGCAUGAUUGGAAUUGUUUCUUAUCGCACAUACAAACAUGUGUACUUUCUUUUUGUUUCUUGCUGAUUCGUACGCAACAUUUCUUCGUAGACGAAAUCAUCAAAGCUGCUAAGCGUUGGUUUUUGUAAAUCCCCUGUGCUCGAUAAAAUAUGUUCGUCACAUUGUGCAACACAUACACACACACGCCCAACCAGCGUGAAACAACGGUUGUAAGCCGUGUGCGAGAACAUUGAACAGAGGUCCGUGGUUUCGUUUAUCAUUCAGUCCUGUUAGAGAAGAUCCAGCAAAAGAGUUCUGAAAAUGGCAGCCUACAUAGUGAUACCGGUAAUCGUUUUAACGAUGAUGGCUAUUUGGUUUAUGGUGUAUAUGUACGACAAACGAUUAAAAACCACUGCGAGUUCUUCGUCGUCUCCGGCCAACACCUGCACCAACGUACGACAGGAAGGUAUUGUGUACACAAUUUCCAACGCUCCCAACAAUGGUGGAACUGGCAGCCGCGUUGUGCAGCCAAGUACGGAUCUGAACAGUGUCACACACAUACGAAUUGACCCAGAUGGGCGUGAUGGCAUUGCUCCGCCACAGUAUGGCUACACAAGCCAGAGUUUAAUUGUCGUCACGGCUAUUCCACGUGAUUUACCACCAUCCUACGAUCAGGCGAUAAGGACAUGCGAUGAGACGCCCAAUAAUGGAACGCCAUUGUGAGCAGAACAAUUCAAAGCAAUCUCAUGCUGCGCGAUAUUUACACCUACAUAAUUUUCGAUAUGUAGUUUGUUACAGUCGCAAGGUAGAAAAUACGUAAUUUCUUCUUUUUUAUAUUUUCCUUAUUACCGUAUCAACAAAACUUAUUAACACUUGUAAAAAUAAACUGCUGCUAGGAUCGUCCGAAGGAAAGAAGCCGAAAGAUCUUAUGGCCAGGCAUAAACACCUUUA